UCCCAAUCUAGCAUGUUCUUGUGUGUUGAAAAGGUAAGCUACAUCUGAGUGACUGGAAUGUAACGACCCAGAACCCACAUCUCUCUUCCGCAUUUCCCGUCAUGUCUGGCUCAUACGUCCUCCUUCAAUUCGGAUCAGAUCUCUUCAACCAUAGAUUUGAGGAUCUCGAGAGCAGACCAGCGUUCACGGUGACGACGGUUGACAGAAAAGUAAAUUUAAUCGUUCACAUCGCUCGCGAAGCGGCUUGGAGCCAGCAGCACCCAGAAAUCAUGGGUCCCAGCAAUUCUUACUUGUAUUUCGGCCCAUCCAGAACACCAGGAUACCUCGUGUACGGUAAUGGGCCGGAGGUCGCCAUGGUCAAUCACCUACGCCAUAAGAAAGACGCUAGCACAUCGCGCUAUUUUACGGCGCAGAAUGGUAAGGAGCUGAAGUGGAAAGUUUUUCCUCAGAAGAUGGAGUGCCUAGAUGGACGCUCUACAGUCGCUACGUGGGAGCUCAGUCAGCCAGAAGAUGUCUUCAGUGCUCGUCUGACAAUCAAGCAUUCAGGCCUUACGAUGGUCACUGAAAUUUUGACCACUUUGUUUCUGAAUCGCAUCGCCCUGAAUUUAGACUGGAAGCUGUAACAUUUUUUCCUUCAUGAUUCAUCUUCUAUGUAAUAUACCACGUUUAAUCCUCAUUUCGCCUUGGACUCCCACCCACAUGCUACUGUGUUUUAACUACCCUCACGUCACAUACCUCACAAUACGUGUAUUGAACACAGUCAGUCAUCUCAUACUCAUUAGCAUCUGCUUUCCCA